CUGAAAAAAAGUGGAACCUACGAUCAUGAAUAUUGCUAUGGAGGUGAAAAUGGAGUAGAAAAAGAUGAUGGACAUCUACAAGGAUGGAAUGAAUCGAAUUCAGAAUGGAUUAAAAGAAGACAUGAAACUUACCAGAGGUCAAGAAGUUUCGAAUGCGGAGAUGAUACUAGCAAAGAUUUGAACAAUAAUAAUGGUCUAAAUAUUGUAGAUAAAAAGCUAAAAUUUGAGAUCAAAAUAGAUGUAUACAAGGCACCCAUAGCUGAAUAUGAUAAGGACGAUUAUGAUGAUAUAAGUAACGAUAAGGAAUUCGAAGUAGGAUAUUUGGAUAAUAAGAAAGACGAAAUUAACGAAAACAAUGGAAAUAUGCCUUGUAAUAUGGGAAUUGGAAUCGAUCAUAAGCCGCUCAAUUACUACCAAGAAGCUGACGAAGAAAUUAACUUUGAGGCAUUAAGAAUCUUCGAACUUAGCAAAAAAAGUGGUGAUGAAGCCGAUGACUUAAAAGAUGAUAAGAAAAAAGAAGCUAACGGAGAUGAUAAACUCGAUAACCUUGAGGAAACAUCACAAGUCGGACAUUGUGAUGAAAAUGAAAAAUCGGUCAAAACGAUUAAUUCAGAGAAAACAUCUAGAGUCAGUCAUUGUGAUGAAAAUAAGAAAGAAAAAGGCAGAUAUGAAACUUACCAGGAUAGUACCAGUGAUAUUAAGUCCAAUGAUAAUACUGAUGCAAAUACCAGUGACAAUGAAGCCAACAAAAACAAAACAUAUUAUAAUGAUGAAUCUAAUGGUGACAAUGAUAAUAAAACAACAAUUGUUGAAGAAAAUGGAAUAAUGAACAAUAUUGAAAGAAUACUUACAAGUAAAAAGAUCGAUCAUGCAUGUGAAAUCUGGAUGAAAAAGGCAGACAAAUUUAAGAACAUGGUUAGUAAGUUGAAUAGAGUUGGACUUGAAACAGACAAAUAUGGGGCAUUCAGUUAUUACCAAGAAUCCGCUGAUUUGAAUCAUGCUUGUAACUCUUGGACGAAAAGAAUAGAAGAAUUUAAAAGAAUGAUAAAGAACGACUCAGAAAAUGCGAAUAAUGGAAUUGACAACAAAAGAAAAUCAAAUAAAUUUGGUAAUCAGCGAAAAUGGAGCUGUUCGACUAAUAUAGUGGUGACUAUUAUGACGAAAUUAAAAGUCAAAAACUUUAAAAACUUAUCUAAAUUCGUGGAACAAAUUAUUAAAAAGGGAAAAAGUGGUAUGUUUGAAGAUGGAAUUAGUAAUGAAAUGACUAUUAAAGACAGACGAAAAGUGUUCGAACAAUAUUUGAACCCUGCUGAAG